AGAAUAUCAAGAUGUUGCGAUUCCUUGCCGCUUUUGCCAUAUUGGGACUUGCUGCCGCUCUUACCCAGGAACUUCUGGACGAGGAAUGGACACAGUUUAAAGCUGCAUAUGGCAAGACAUAUGCUCCAAAAGAAGAGGCCAUGAGACGAAAGAUUUGGAAUGAUAAUCUUAACUACAUCCAAAAACACAAUCUAGAAGCCGAUAGAAAUGUCCACUCAUUUAGAGUUGGUAUGAAUGCUUAUGGAGAUAUGACAAGUGAGGAAUUUGUAAGUGUAAUGAACGGUUACAAACAGAAUGAUAAUCAAGAUAAGAAAGGAAGAACCACGUUCUUACCCCCCUCCAAUAUUGGUGAUUUACCAACUACUGUUGACUGGAGAACUAAAGGUUACGUAACAGAUGUUAAAAAUCAGGGACAAUGUGGCUCAUGUUGGGCCUUCUCUACAACCGGCUCUCUGGAAGGUCAACAUUUCAAGAAAUACGGACAACUCAUUUCAAUGUCAGAACAAAAUUUGGUUGAUUGCUCCAAGAAACAAGGUAAUAUGGGAUGUGGUGGCGGUUUAAUGGAUCAAGCUUUUACCUAUAUCAAGGUUAACGAUGGUAUUGAUACUGAAGCCUCCUAUCCAUACACUGCUCAAGAUGGUACUUGUCAUUUUACCAGAGCUAACGUUGCUGCUAAUGAUACAGGCUUUGUAGAUAUCCCAUCCGGAAAUGAAGAUGCUUUGAAGACUGCUGUAGCUACUGUUGGACCUAUCUCUGUUGCUAUUGAUGCAAGUCAUCCAUCAUUCCAACUCUACAAAUCUGGUGUCUACUAUGACUUUUUCUGUAGUUCCAAACGAUUAGAUCAUGGUGUGUUGGCUGUUGGAUAUGGAACUGAUGGAUCUAAAGAUUAUUGGUUGGUUAAAAACAGCUGGGGAGCAUCUUGGGGUGAUAAAGGUUAUUUGAAGAUGUCCAGAAACAGGCGUAACAACUGUGGUAUUGCAACAUCCGCUAGUUAUCCAACUGUUUAAGUUAUAUAAUAACAGUUGACAUCACGUAAUAAAAUUAGUCACAAAAUUUAUAAAA